GGCACUUACUCCAACACCGCGCACCAGCGGCCAGCACCAGCUCCCAUCGCCCUCACUUUUAUCUACCAACAGCAACCAAACCCCACACCAUGCCGCCCGUCACAAUCCCCCAAUUCCUCCUCCCCCGGGGCGCGCCCUCCCCGCUCACUCUCCGCGCCGCCCUGACCCGGCAAACCACCUACCACAUCACCACCCAGCGAUGCGCGUCCUCCAAGCCCGACAACAGCCACCCGCGGGUUCUCGCCAAACCCGACAAGUUCCGGCCGCCAUCGCACCCGGCGCGCCGAGUUGUGCAAACCCGCAAUGGAAAGGUCGUGAACAGCGGUCCAAUCAACUACCCGGGUCCCAAGCUCAGCGAGAAGGAGAAGGAGGAGCAGAAGAACAGACAGUACCCGCAUAUGUUCCCACCCGAGGGAACAGUCAUGCAUAAGUUCUUGACGCAUCGGUGGAUUCAUAUUUGGAUUGCGAUGGGUGUGUUGACUUCCUUGGCUACGUUUACGUUUACGACGAACUUCAAGCGGUCGUCGCCGUUCGCUCAUUUGCUGCCGCCUUGGUCGGGGCUAUUGGCUCAUCCGAUCGAUACGAUUCGGCAGGCCGUUUCGGUGUUCCGGAUGCAUGUGGAGCAUAAUUCGAUGGAGACGAGGGAGAAGCGGAGGAGACGGGUGGAUGAUGCGGAGAAGAGACGGCAGUAUCGCAUUGCCCAUGGGCUGGAGGAGCCGGAUGAGAGGGAUGAGGUUAAGGCGGAUGAGAAGGAGCAGGUCGCUGUUGAUGAUCAGUCACCUGUGGCUGUGGUGCAGCAGGCUCAGGAUGACAAGAAUGUGUAUGUUGAUUGGGAGGGCAACAAGAAGCCCGUUAAGAAGUGGCUGGGAAUCUGGUGAGAUUGGUCGGUUCGGCCGUGAGGUGGGCUUUCCCUGCUAUAACUAAAUGUCGUGGAACCAUCAUGUGAAGACCGGUUAUGGAGAUUGUAUAUUAGCCUUCGAUUGUCCUUUAUGCCCGUUUCGUUCUCAUAUAUUGUCUGCUAUGUACAAGUUGUGGGUUCUAGUCGGUUACCCUAUCAUCAUGGCGAUGUGUCAUUGAUUUGCUUCAUUUCGUCUCAAGCUCGCCUGUUUGCUGUGGUAGA